AUGUCUAACUCAACAUACGCUUAUAGAGCCUAUAUCGAAAACAUGUUAGGUUUUCAGCUGAUGCUAAAACUCACACUUGUCGAGUUGUUUGUGGAUGGAGAAUGCAACGAGGAGACGAUCAUUGUUCACCCGAGAAGUUUCGCAGAUGCUAGCAGUAAAGAAGUUGAUCUUUAUGGUCGUUUACAUUUUGACAUGACAUUUCAAGGCAAGGCUAUACUUGGGGGUAAAGAUAUUAAAGUGAGAAUCUUAACUCACGAUCCUUCAUUUUUCGUGCAAUUUGAUGAUAGAGUCAGUGAUGUUGCAAUGAUUAUUAAGGAUGCAUGUCUAUAUGUUCAUAAAAUGAAGGCUACACCUCAACUUACAAACGCACACUCAAAAGCUCUGGCUAUUGCACCCGCAUGCUAUCCUAUCUCUAGGGUUGAUUUAAGACAGGCUUCUAUCCAUGCAAACUCUCUUGACGCGGUUCUAGAUAAUAUAAUUACCGGACAACUUCCUCGAAGGUUAUUUUUGUUAAUGGUUAAAAACACAGCAUUUAAUGGUUCUAAGUCUCAAGAUCCAUUCCACUUUGACCAUUUUAACGUUUCACAUGCAGCUUGUUACGUUGAUGGUGUACAAUUCCCAACAAAUGCAUUUCAACCUGACUUCAAAAAUCAUUUAUGUGUACGAGAGUACUCCGGUUUAUUUCAAGCAAUGAAUAUGAACUCUACUGACACGACAGUAAAUAUUACUAGAGAAGAAUUCAUUUCUGGAAAAACAAUUUUCGCUUUCAACUUUGCUCCAGAUUUGUCACAUGGCCCUGGUAUGACUGGACAUAUUAACCCUAUUAAAGAGGCUCGUUAA